GCACUCGUUUCUCUUUCCUUCACAGUUUCAUCAUUACACCCUCCACGUUAUAUGAAGCUUUGGGAGAGCUUUGCAGUUAUGGAAAGUACCAAUCCAGAAGGGGUCUUGGAGAUCUCCGAAAAGGGUUAAUGGUAGCUAAUGCUCUCUUUCUUUCUUUCCUCAUUUGGGCUGUUAAUGUUUUUGAGAAACGAAUCCCGUCGUCGUCCUUCAGUUCAGUUGGGGUUCUUCUCUUCCAUUACCUGCAGUUUCUUCUUUGUGGCGUUUCAGUUCAUUGUGCUCUUCAUUUGCGUUUUCUGGGGGGGUGGUUUUCUUUUGAAAGUUCUGACAUUUCAGUUUCUCUUUUGUUUGCUCUCAGAAUAACAAUGGUGGGUUGUAUUGGGAUUUUCGUCUGAUGGACAGUUUUCACCUGAAGUUUUGUUAAUUCAUUAAUGGAGUUCAGCUUCCAAGAGGGAGGGUUUGCUACACUGGACAGAACACUUGGAAUGGAUUCCAUCGUUCUUAGAGGAGGGGACUGUAGGCCAAUGCUAGGAGCCAUGGGUCAGGACCCGUUCAUCGAUGAUGAUGAUGGAGCUCCACAGAUUCUGUUACGAACACCAAGAAGGAACCAGAAAUGCAAUCAGGCAGAUGUAGAAAUCAAUUGUAAUGUUUUUCACGCUCAAAUUGGAGAAAGACGAGCCAUGAUGGGGAUAAUGUUCAAGGUUAUCAUGUUCCAUACACGUUCCAUUAGGCCAAAUGUCCUAAUUUUUAGUAAAGAACAGGCUGAGGCGCUUUGGAACUCCAAACCUGAGUGUCCUAAGAACUUCAAGGUUCUGGUUUCAGAAAUGGAGUAUGCUGCUCCAACUGGUUCACUUGUUCUAGAGGAGAAAGAAUGCCUUCCUUGGGAAGCAUCUGAUGUGGUUGAUCCAUUAACGGGGAAGAACGCUAGACUGUUGAAGGAUUUGAAAGACAAGGUUGAAGACCAUGAAUCCAUUAUUUUAAAGAAGCAAUCUGUGCCUCCUGCCUUGUCUAGCAAGCCAUCUAGUGAUGCGAAGUCAGAGGAACCAUGUUUAGAAACUAGUAGUAUUGAACAUGGAGGUGGGAUGUGUGUUUCUUCUAUCAAAAGCCCUGCUCUGUCGAAGAAUAUAUGUUCUCCAAGAAUCUCUCAAACUCCAGUUUCUAUGAGGUAUCCUAAUGCAUCAGCAUACUUGGGCCUUGGCAUUACAGCAUUGUUACACGAUCAUGCUUCAUCUACUGCAACUGAUGAAUCUGUGCAUUUAAGUCCAGCAGCCAUAGCUGUUUCCUCUCACGUUAGAAAUGUCAGGAAACCUGUUCACCUCAGUGCCACAUUUGAUGUGAAGCUACUACCUCAACCUUCAUCCCAAUCUCAUCAUGACUCUACAAACAAUGGAACUUCUUCCGAAGCUAAGAAAUCACCAAUUCCUCCUCCACCACCUUUACCUCAGUUACCCUUGGCUAGAAAUUCACCUGUCAGAACAGUCAAAGCAAAGCCAACCAACAAAGCUGCAACAUGCAAUGAUCCACCUCUUCCUCCUCCUUUACCACCUUUGCUUGCUAAGCAGGUAAAGUCACCACCAUCUAAACGACAGCCAGAUCCUCCCUCUCCUCCACCUCCUCCACCAUCUACUUUACCAAAAGUAACCCUACCACCACCACCUGUUCCUCCUGCAAAAGGAAUACUUACAAACAGGAAUGUGCCUCCAGUUCCUGGGCCACCACGAGCAGGGUUGAUGCCACGGUCAAGAAUUCAAGCUCAACCGAGAAGGUCCAGCCUGAAACCAUAUCAUUGGCUGAAAUUGACUAGAGCAACUCAGGGGAGCAUAUGGGCUGAGGCUCAGAAGUACCCUAAUGACACUUCCUUGGCUCCUGAAUUUGAUAUAUCAGAACUUGAGAGCCUGUUUUCAGCAGCUGCUACUCCAAGUUCUGAGAUGAAAGGCAUUGGAGCCAAAUCAAAGCGUCGUGUACGGAAAUCUGAGAAAGUUCAACUGAUUGAGCUUAGACGUGCAUACAACUGUGAAAUCAUGCUGACAAAAGUUAAGAUUCCUCUCCAUGAUCUGAUGAGUUCAAUUCUUGCGUUGGAUGAUUCAGUAUUGGAUGUUGAUCAAGUUGAUAGCCUUGUUAAGUUUUGUCCAACUAAAGAAGAAAUGGAAUUGCUCAAGGGCUAUAAAGGGGACAAGGAAAGCUUGGGGAAAUGUGAAAUGUUCUUCUUGGAACUAAUGAAAGUGCCACGGGUAGAGUCCAAGUUAAGGGUGUUUUCAUUCAAGAUGCAGUUCUCCCAACAGGUUUCUGACCUAAAGAGAAACUUGAAUGUUGUUAAUUCAGCAGCCGAAGAGAUAAGAAGUUCAGUGAAGUUAAAAAGGAUCAUGCAAUCUGUUCUCUCCCUUGGAAAUGCCGUGAACCAGGGAACUGCAAGGGGUUCCGCUGUUGGCUUUCGGUUAGACAGUCUCCUCAAACUCACGGAUACUCGAUCCAGGGACAACAAGAUGACCCUCAUGCACUAUCUUUGUAAGACAUUUGCAGCGAAGAUGCCAGAACUCCUGGACUUCUCCAAAGACCUCGUGAGCUUGCAGACUGCAACAAAAAUACAACUGAAAUAUUUAGCCGAGGAGAUGCAAGCCAUUAGCAAAGGUCUGGAGAAAGUUCUACAAGAGUUGGCAGCCUCAGAGAAGAAUGAUGGUGAAGUGUCAGAAUACUUCUGUAAGGUCAUGAGGGCAUUCCUGAGCUACGCAGAAAGAGAAGUGAAGUCCUUGGGCUCACUCUAUUCCAGUGUCGGUAGAAAUGUAGAUGCAUUGGCUGUAUAUUUCGGCGAAGAUCCAGCCCGCUGCCCUUUUGAGCAAGUCGUCUCUACUCUGAUGAAUUUCGAGAAGAUGUUUGCUCGAGCACACCAGGAAAACAUCAAGCGAGUUGAACUCGAGAGGCGAAAGGCAGAGAAGGAAGCUGAAAAGCAAAGGAGUAACACCAUCAAUGGUGAUUCCAGAAGGGAGCCUGCUGUAGAUUUCUUGCAUUCUAUUAGGAGUAUGUAUAUAAGAUGAAUAGACAAAUCCUUUACAAGAAUAUAAUGGACUUUUCCACCUAGAUCGUUCAGAAGCUACUAAUCCUGGUCCAACAAGGACUGAGGAGCUAUGCUAUUGUGAAAACUGAAAAGUAAAACCACAUGUUGUAA